AUGGCAGCUGAAAGCUCGAUCCUCAUAGUCGGAGCCGGCGAGCUGGGAACAGCCAUCCUCUCAGCCCUCGCCAGCCACCCGUCGAAGCCUCCGCACGCCAGCUUCUCCGUCUUACUCCGCCCCAGCUCCAUCACCUCACCUGAUCCCGACAAGCGGCGAUCCAACGAUGAGCUGCGGGCCCUUGGCGCGACGCUCGUGCCUGGGAACUUUGUCGACGAUGAUGUCGCUGAUCUGGCACGUGUCUUCAAAGACUACGACAUCGUCAUCCAGGCGGGCGGGUAUGGCUUGCCAAAGGGGACGCAGCUGAAGUCUGCCAACGCCGCGCUGCAGGCCGGUGUCCCACGAUACUUUCCCUGGCAGUUCGGGGUCGACUACGAGGAGAUCGGAGAGGGCAGCGCUCAGGACCUGUUCGACGAGAUGUUGCAGGUCCGGCGGCUGCUGCGGUCGCAGACGAGCACGGCGUGGACCAUCGUUUCCACGGGGCUGUUCAUGAGCUAUCUGUUUCUCGCCGACUUCGGGGUGGUCGACCUUGAGAGGCGGACUGCGCGCGCGUUGGGAUCGUGGGAUAACAGGGUCACAGUGACGACGCCCGGGGAUAUCGGUCGACUGACGGCCGAGAUGGUGUUUGUGCCAGAGGGGACGACCAAUCAGGUAGUGCACAUCGGAGGAGACACGGUCUCGUAUGGCCAGCUUGCGGAUAUCCUGGACGAAGCUCUCGGCGCGGGCUUUGAACGAGAGGAGUGGACUUUGCAGUUUCUGAAAGACAGGCUGGCUGAGGAUCCUGGAAAUCUUUGGUACAAGUACCGGUGCAUAUUCGGUGACGGAAAGGGGAUAUCGUGGGAUAUGGCAAAGACAUUGAAUAGCCGGCGAGAUAUCAGCAUGACCACUGUCGCCGACUACGUUAGGCGCAACUUUGCGAACGGUGGCUAG